UAUAUAUAUAUUUUUAAAGCCGUGUUAGACAGGAUUACCUACACAUACUGACCAGUUCAAAUAGACAGAAGCGUGCUACAUGGCGGACCAAUCCAAACUUGUCUCUCGGCAUGUCCAGCCCACUCAUUAUCUCAGCCAAUCAUCUUUAUCUGUUGCUAAAACAACUAGGCUGGUAAUUUAAGAAUUGUAUUCGUAUGUACAUAUGGCAUAUAUGUUUGUUAUUAAGGCACAUGAAAGUUCACAUUCCAGAAGGCAUUUCUGCCUAAAAACACAUUUUGAUCAAAAUAAAAGUUUACGUUAAAAUGGUUCUCCUGUGAAGUAGUGAAACCUAGAUAAGUUCAGGAGUAAAAGUUUGACUUGUUUCAGGAAACUAGGCGUAUGUUGCGAUAACAAAGGGUUUGAAUACUUAUUGACUCAAGACAUUUCAUAUUUUCAUUUUUAUUUAAUUUGUAAACAUUUCUGAAAACUCCACUUUAACAUUAGGGCAUUGUGUGUGUGUGUAUGCCACUAAAACAAAAUCUCAAUAUAAUCAAUUUUAAAUUCAGGCUGUAACACAACAAAAUGUGGAAAAAGUCAAGAGGUGCCAAUACUUUCUGAAAUGUACCAGCCAUCGUAUUAGCUGCUAGCUUGCAGCACCUUGCCCGAUUUGAAUCAUAUUUGGUACAUAGCCAGAGUGAAUUUACGAACGCGCCCUAUCUACUCCGAUUUCAAAUCGCUCUCUUCUGAGUGUGCCAGAGCGCAGAAUAACUGUUUAGUUUACGAACGCUCAACACCCGUUGAAUAUGGUGAAUUUGGAGUGAAUUUCCGAACGCCCAGAGCACACUCCGGCACUCCAGAGUGAAUUUCUGAACGCCCAGAGCACUCUCCGGCACUCCAGAGUGAAUUUCCGAACGCCCAGAGCACACUCCGGCACUCCAGAGUGAAUUUCCGAAUGCCCAGAGCACACUCCGGCACUCCAGAGUGAAUUUCCGAACGCCCAGAGCACACUCCGGCACUCCAGAGCAAAUUUCCGAAAGCCCAGAGCACACUCCGGCACUCCAGAGCGAAUUUCCAAACGCCCAGAGCACACUCCGGCACUCCAGAGCGAAUUUCCGAACGCCCAGAGCACACUCCGGCACUCCAGAGUGAAUUUCUGAACGCCCAGAGCACUCUCCGGCACUCCAGAGUGAAUUUCCGAACGCCCAGAGCACACUCCGGCACUCCAGAGUGAAUUUCCGAAUGCCCAGAGCACACUCCGGCACUCCAGAGUGAAUUUCCGAACGCCCAGAGCACACUCCGGCACUCCAGAGCAAAUUUCCGAAAGCCCAGAGCACACUCCGGCACUCCAGAGCGAAUUUCCAAACGCCCAGAGCACACUCCGGCACUCCAGAGCGAAUUUCCGAACGCCCAGAGCACACUCCGGCACCCCAGAGUGAAUUUCCGAAGGACCAGAGCACACUCCGGCACUCCAGAGCGAAUUUCCGAACGCCCAGAGCACACUCCGGCACCCCAGAGUGAAUUUCCGAACGCCCAGAGCACACUCCGGCACUCCAGAGUGAAUUUCCGAACACCCAGAGCACACUCCGGCACUCCAGAGUGAAUUUCCGAAGAACCAGAGCACACUCCGGCACUCCAGAGUGAAUUUCCAAACGCACCCAUAUUUGAUGAGAGACUUGGUCGUCUGAUUCAGUCAGGUAGCAGCAGGUAGCACCAGUACCUAUGGGGCAGAGUUAUGGGAGACCCGAAUCAGCUUCCAAACUUUUGUUUGUUCGUCGCGAUGGUCAGUAAUGCCACGUUCGAAACACUUGGGAACUCGGAAAUCUCCGACUUCAGUGCGUUCAAAACAAAUGGGAACUCGGGGAAAAAAACGAGCUGCGACUGGGAAAAAUCUAUUUGAACGGUGAUCCAACUCGAGUACUCUUUCUAGAGCUCCGACAUUCCGACCUGAAGAUCACCGACGUCAUGAUUUGGUCUCGUAUUUUUCCGAGUUCCCAGUUGUUUUGUUCGUUAGGCAGUCUGAUCUGGCGCUGACGCCGGGUCACGGAGGAGAGAGGACGGAGGACGGUCUUUCUGUCGUUUCAAAACAACUGGGAACUUUCGGAAUAACAGACGUCUUGACGUGAUGAUAUUAACAUCCGAGCUCUAGAAAGAUGCCCGAGUAUCCGACAUGAAUACCGAGUUGGAUGACCGUUCACAACGUGUUUAUCCUAGUCUGAUAUCGUUUAAUAGUUGUUCCCAGUUGUCCUGAACGCCCUGAAGUUGGAGAUUUCCGAGUUCCCAGUUGUUUUGAACACGGCAUUCUGCCCGAACCAGAAAACCCCUGGUGUCACGCCAACGACAGAUCACAACAUUCACAAUGGAACUUUCUUAUCAAUCUAUCAAAACCGCGAAUCAAGCAAGAGAGGCGGAAGAAAUGAGGACAGAGUCCAGAAGAAGAAAUCUACUCAUAUUAAUCUUUCAUCAUUUAAUGGAGGCAGGGUACAUGGAUGCUGCCAGUGCCCUGGAACAGGAUACCAAUGUCGCACUCCGGCGGUUUGAAGUGUGUGACAAUAUAGACCUGGACACAGUGUUGAUGGAGUAUGAGAGUUACUACUUCAUCAAGUUCCAGAGAUAUCCCAAACUAACCAAGAAACGGCCAGAACCAGUUGAAAGUAGACAUGCAAGAAGUUGUGGAAAAAAGAGGGUCCCCUGUACUGGAGUUCAGCCCCUGCCCAGAAUAAACUCCUCCCACAGACCCCCCUCCAGGGGUGGAGUCAAGAAGACAGAACCCAAGAUGGUGGUCAAGGACGCCAGUAGAGCUGUUGGUAUAUUGUUGCAGGAGAACGGUGGGCGCUCCACUCCUCCAGAAUCGACAGAGUUCGGUCUGAAUGUUUCCCCCAUCAUCAGGAACGGAGCAGGAGAAGGACAGAUGAAGAAGGAGCCUCUUCUGAAACCCCUCAGCGCCUUCAUUGGGAUGAACAGUGAGAUGAGAGAUCUGGCUGCUGUUAUUAGCAGGGACAUCUAUGUACAGGACCCCGCUGUGCGCUGGGAUGACAUUAUAGGCCUGCAGGCCGCCAAGCGAUUAGUCAAAGAGGCUGUCGUCUACCCUAUUAAGUAUCCACAGCUUUUCACUGGCAUCCUGUCUCCAUGGAAAGGUCUGCUGUUAUACGGACCUCCAGGUACAGGUAAGACCCUGCUGGCGAAGGCUGUAGCCACAGAGUGUAACACCACCUUCUUCAACAUCUCAGCCUCCAGCAUCGUCAGCAAGUGGAGAGGAGACUCUGAGAAGCUGGUCAGGGUGUUGUUUGAGCUGGCUCGCUACCACGCCCCUUCCACCAUUUUCCUGGAUGAACUGGAGUCAGUUAUGAGCCAACGAGGGACUGGAGGAGGAGGAGAGCACGAGGGCAGCAGAAGGAUGAAGACGGAGCUUUUGGUCCAGAUGGAUGGACUGGCCCGAUCUGAUGAUCUGGUGUUUGUCCUGGCAGCAUCUAACCUACCCUGGGAGCUGGAUCAUGCCAUGCUGAGACGUCUGGAGAAAAGGAUUCUGGUUGGCCUUCCCUCUGGCCCUGCCCGACAGGCCAUGGUCUCUCAUUGGCUGCCUCCACUCAGCUGCACUGGAGGGGUGGAGCUACGCACCGAGCUGGCCUAUGAGACGCUAGCACAGGCGAUGGAAGGAUACUCUGGGUCUGAUAUCAGGCUGGUGUGUAAAGAAGCAGCCAUGAGACCAGUCAGGAAGAUAUUUGAUGCUUUGGAGAGCCACCAGCAGGGGAGCUGCAACAUGCCUGUCAUUCACCUGGAAACUGUGGCAACAGAGGACUUUCUGGAGGUGAUCGCUCACACCAAACCCUCGGCCAGGAACCUUACAGACAAAUACACCGCCUGGGAGACCGAGUACGAAUCUGUGUGACACACUCAACGUAGCAAUAUACAGCGCCGUCAGAAAUAUUCAGACCCCUGGACUUUUCCCACAUUUUGUUACGUUACAGCCUUAAUCUAAAAUGUAUUAAAUAAAAUGAAAAAAAUCCUCAUUUACACCCCUUAAUGACAAAGCGAAAACAGUUUCAAAAAAAUUAACUGAAAUAUCUUAAUUAUGUAAGUCUUCAGACCCUUUGCGAUAAGGCUCGAAAUUGUGCUCAGGGACAUCCUGUUUUCGUUGAUCAUCCUUGAGAUGUUUCUACAACUUGAUUGGAGUCCACUUGUGGUAAAUUCAAUUGAUUGGACAUGAUUUGGAAAGGCACACACCUGUCUAUAUAAGGUCCCACAGUUGACAGUGCAUGUUAGAGCAAAAACCAGGCUCUGAGGUCGAAGGGAUUGUCCGUAGAGCUCGGAGACAGGAUUUUGUCAAGAAACAGAUCUGGGGAAGGGUACCAAAAAAUGUUU